GAUAAGCAUGCACCCGCGCUAGGGUCCAAGAGAGGUAUUCAGGAAGCUUUGGGGAGACACCAAACAGCGCUAGACAAGGACCGAAGAUGCCAACUUGCACCGAACAUGGUCAGUCCCUACCCGACUAACAGCAAGCCACUAAAGGACGUUCAGCAGCACUUGGGUCAGUUCACCCAUACUUCACGUACUUACCAUGACCGCACAGGAGUGUUACAAUAA